ACGCAAGGUUUGAAGUUGCUGUUCAACGUGCGCUACUUAAAAAAGGGUGACCUUUGCGCAUGUGUUCAGAUCCUGAGCUGCUAAACCAAGCACCAACAAAGACCCCCAUGAUGAGUUACUACAUGGAUCCUGUUUCCGCCUCCCCGAUGCCUCACCCUUGCGACUGUCAGGACCUGAUGAGACAGAGUGGAGGCAUGGUCAGUCCACAAGCUUCUGUGAUUGGUACCUGUCAAUCACAGCAGCAUUACCCAGCAUGGCCCCUCUACCCACAAGAAGUGACCCUACAGGAAGUCCCCAAUGGCCCAGAGUUCUGUCCUGCAGAUCUGGAAUGUGGUGAUGUGCCCAUGCUGACUCCUGGGAGCAAAGAGAUGAUGUCCCAGGCAUUAAAGGCCACAUUCAGUGGCUUCACAAAGGAGCAACAGCGACUGGGAAUACCGAAAGAUCCCUGGAAGUGGACAGAGAACCAUGUCAGGGAGUGGCUGGCAUGGACAGUGAAUGAGUUCAGCCUUAAGAACGUGGACUUCCACAAGUUCUGCAUGAACGGUGCCAGCCUCUGUGGUCUGGGGAAGGAGCGCUUCCUGGACCUUGCCCCGGACUUUGUUGGAGACAUCCUUUGGGAGCAUUUAGAGAUGCUGCAGAAAGAAGACACAAAGCAUUUCCCUGUCAAUGGCCUGACUUCCACCUUCCAGGAAUCCCGCUAUACCUCAGAUUACUUUGUCAGCUAUGGCAUUGAGCAUGCCCAGUGUGUGCCCCCCUCUGAAUAUUCUGAGCCAGGCUUCAUCACAGAAUCCUACCAGACUUUGCACCCAAUCAGCUCCGAGGACCUACUGUCACUCAAGUACGAGAAUGAUUACCCCAAUGUUAUUUUGCGGGAUGCCCCCCUCAACCCCCUGCAGGGGGACUACUUCUCUGUCAAGCAGGAGGUCAUCUCCCCUGACAACAUGUGUGUAGGCCGCAUUAGCCGAGGGAAGCUGGGUGGCCAGGACUCUUUUGAGAGCAUUGACAGCUUUGAGAGCUGUGACCGGCUCACACAGUCCUGGAGCAGCCAGUCAUCCUUCAGCAGCCUGCAGCGUGUGCCGUCGUAUGACAGCUUUGACUCGGAGGACUACCCGAGCGCGCUGCAUGGCCACAAGCCCAAGGGCACCUUCAAGGACUAUGUGAGGGAGCGGUCUGACCUCAACAAGGACAAACCCGUCAUUCCAGCCGCGGCCCUGGCUGGGUAUACAGGCAGUGGACCUAUUCAGCUGUGGCAGUUUCUCCUUGAGCUCCUGACAGACAAGUCAUGCCAGGCCUUCAUCAGCUGGACAGGAGACGGAUGGGAGUUCAAGCUGUCCGACCCAGACGAGGUGGCACGGCGGUGGGGCAAGAGAAAAAACAAACCUAAGAUGAACUAUGAAAAGCUGAGCCGUGGCCUGCGCUACUACUACGACAAGAACAUCAUCCACAAGACCUCUGGGAAGCGCUAUGUCUACCGCUUCGUCUGUGACUUGAAAAGCCUCCUGGGCUACACCCCCGAGGAGCUGCACACCAUGCUUGACAUUAAGCCUGAAAUGGAUGAGUGAACGCACUCAGGUGGGGAAGGGGCUUCUACAGGCUGGGAUUUGAAAAGGGGAAGUGGGAGGGGCCAGGACAUGAAGGACUUCUCUGCAGACUGUUGGGAGUGGUCAGGACCAAAUGGGAUCUUUUUCAACAUGUUGCCUUUGUGUGUUUUUUUUGUUUUUUUAAUUUCAACCAUUUGGGCUACUCUCAGGGGGAAGUGAAAUGAAAACACCUGUGUGACUGCCCCCUAGACUGUGUCUAUGAAAUGUAUCCGUACACACAGCAAUAGAUGUAUACAUUAUAGAUUUGUACGUAUAACAUAUACAUGUGGAUGUAAUCGUGUUGAAGCUCUCAAGGUUAAUGGAAAAUUGUCUACUGAAAAAGAAAAAAAAAUGCGCAAGUAACACAAGCAACUGACAUUGAAGAAAGAGAGCCAGAGGAAAUUCUAGAAUGGAUGAAUGUGGAUGGAGAGUUCCUGCUACAAAACUGUUCCAAAAUCAGAAAAGGAACUACAUAGAAAUAUAUACAUAAUAUGUACUUACAUACUGUCUCUGCCUUUCUGCACACAGAACACACAGGUGGAGUUCUCAGC